AUGAAUUCUCAAUGCAAUCGCUUUCUCAUAUUUCUUAUUGUAAUUUGUUUACCCACGGUCUUUGGAUUACCUAUUGUCGACCUCAAAGCAACGAUCGAAUUACCUACUGAAGGCGCCAACACGGAUGGUACUGUAACCGUAACUGGAUGGAAGCCUGAAAUUGUAACUGAUGCAGAAGACACCUGGGUAAGAACAACUUUGCGUAUUAAAAAUUUUAAUACUAAAAAAAGGACUAAGAGUCAUAGCACCUGUUACUAUGAAUUUUAUGACUCUGAUUCAGAUACAUCUAGGUCAUCCAGUUCUGAUACUCUGUCCGAUUCAGAAUAUGAACCCGAUCCAGCAAUAAAAGAAUUAUUAUAG